AGGCGGUGUGCGCGCGGGUAAAGGUCGGGACGUGAUGAUCUCACGCUGCACGCGAUGAUCUUAUUCGCGUCCUGGUGUGCACACCGUGCAAGUUCUCCUCGUCCGUCUUCCGCCGUCCAAGGAACUCAUAGUUGCGGGCCAGUGCGGAGUUCGUAGUGUCAGUGCGUUUCGUAGGACACACGCACCGAAAGGCGCGAGCACCCGGGGAAGCAGCCGCCGCCGCUCAGCCAGCUCAGGCCCGCCUCCGCCCUCCCCCAAGGCCCGCCUUAUCCCGCCCAGUGUUUGCGCGGCGCCAGUUGGCCCCGGCGGUCUCCGGCGCAGAGGCUGGCCUUGUGGGCCCUGCAGCUCCGGAGGUCGUCUUGGGCUGAGAGCGCAGGCCGCAGAGGCGAUGCUGGGCAAGGAUUAUAUGUUGGCCAUCAUUCUGGUCAACUGCGAUGAUGACUUGUGGGGGGACCAAAAUCUGGAAGGGGAGACAGGCCUACCUCCAGGCUGGAGAAAGAUCCGUGAUGCUGCAGGUACUUAUUAUUGGCACGUACCCAGCGGUAGCACUCAGUGGCAGCGCCCGACCUGGGACCGAGGAGGUGCAGAGGACCCAAGGACGGGGACAGAGGGGAUUUGGGAACUGCGACCUCCCAAGGGGAGAUCCUUCUCCAGCCUGGACAGUUCAUUGAACCGGAGUAACUCUCUGACAUGGCAUGGGGAAGACUCCUAUGUCCGGAGCUUGGAGCCAGGAGCUAAGUGCUUUGCAGUCCGCUCUCUGGGCUGGGUAGAGGUCCCUGAGGAGGAUCUGGCACCAGGGAAGAGCAGUAUUGUUGUCAAUAACUGUAUCCAGCAGCUGGCCCAGACUCGCCACCGGAGCCAGCCCCAUGAUGGUACUUGGGGUGAGGGCCAGAACAUGCUGAUGAUCCUGAAGAAAGAUGCCAUGAGCCUGGUGAAUCCCCUGGACCACAGUCUGAUCCAUUGUCAGCCUCUGGUUCACAUCCGCGUAUGGGGUGUGGGCAGCUCCAAGGGCCGGGACUUUGCCUUUGUUGCGGGUGACAAAGACAGCUGCAUGCUCAAGUGCCAUGUGUUUCGCUGUGAUGUGCCUGCAAAGGCCAUUGCAAGUGCUCUGCAGGGGCUCUGUGCACAGAUCUUGUCAGAGAGGGUAGGAGUCAGUGGAGAAGCUGCUUGCUGUUCCCCAGAUCCGAUUUCCCCUGAAGACUUCCCAAGGCAAGUGGAGUUGCUGGAUGCUGUGAGCCAGGCUGCUCAGAAGUAUGAGGCACUGUACAUGGGCAUCCUGCCAGUCACCAAAGCCAUGGGUAUGGAUGUGCUGAAUGAGGCCAUUGGUACCCUCACUGCCCGAGGGGACCGGAAGACCUGGGUCCCUGCUAUGCUGAGUGUGUCUGACUCUCUGAUGACUGCACAUUCCAUUCAGGCAGAGGCUGGUGCAGAGGAAGAGCCACUGUGGCAAUGCCCUGUGCGCCUUGUAACCUUUAUUGGUGUCGGCCGUGAUCCACAUACCUUUGGCCUCAUCGCAGACCUCGGUUGCCAGAGCUUCCAGUGUGCAGCCUUCUGGUGCCAGCCUCAUGCUGGGGGACUCUCCGAAGCUGUGCAAGCUGCCUGCAUGGUUCAGUACCAGAAGUGUCUAGUGGCCUCAGCAGCUCGGGGCAAGGCUUGGGGUGCCCAGGCCCGUGCUCGCCUCCGGCUCAAGCGGACCAGCUCCAUGGACUCCCCAGGUGGCCCCCUGCCUCCCCCGCUACUCAAAGGAGGGGUUGGAGGUGCUGGAGCAGCUCCUCGAAAGCGUGGCGUCUUCUCAUUUCUUGAUGCCUUCAGGCUAAAACCUUCUCUUCUCCAUAUGUCCUAAAUUGAUCUAAAGGGGUGGGGAAAGAGGCUGUACUCAUUCAGCCCCAGGGCUCUGUAGCCUCUCACCUUCCUGCCCAUCCUUGAUCCUUGCCUACCCUGUAUUUAUGACCAAGUUCGUUCUUUAUACGGAUGACUGAGAGGCCCUGCACUAGAACUUAGGCCCCUGCACCCCUUCCCUUGGUUCCUUUUGUUCCUUGCCCGUGUCCAGCCCUGGACAAUUGGCUCUACCUCAGCAACUUUAUAGCAGAAUCAGUGCAAAUAAAAGUCCCUCAGUGACCUCACUAGUUGUGAGUAUAUUAACCUGGGAUAAAAAUGGGGCCAUCAGUCUGUGUGAGGUGGGUAUGUAUGUAGGCUUGGUGUUGGUGACUGCCUGUAGUCACGAGGGCAUGGUUCAUAAUGGAAAUAGGACUACAUUCAUCCAGCAAUUGCUUUUUAAGGGCUUUUCUGUACUUGUAAAGUUACCUUCUGAGACUUUCAGAGGAGAAACACCA